GUUUUAGCCAAUCAGCGCCGGACUUCUCUGCAGACGUCAAUGCGAGGUUGGUUUAGCCCUUUGUACAAAUGUAUUAGCCUCCUGUGCUAUAAGUUGCCUCUUACAGUAGCGGCACAAUGAAUUAUGAGCAUUGACAACAUAUGGAUCCUCUAGCACAUAGCACGUCCCAGCUCUGAACUCUGACCUCACUGUGAUUGAAAACUCCUGCCAUCAGUAACCUCCUCAUGUGCAUCAUCUUCUUGAAGUUUGACCCUCGGCCUGCAUCCAAAAAUGCCUACAGGCUUAUUCUGGCUGCUAACAGAGAUGAGGUCUACAGCAGACCAUCCAAAGCUGCAGACUUCUGGGGCAGCAACAAUGAGAUCCUGAGUGGUCUAGACCUGGAAGAGGGGAAAGAAGGCGGAUCAUGGCUGGGAAUUAGCAAACGAGGGAAACUGGCGGCACUGACCAAUUACCUGGAAGCACGGCAAAAUCCAGAUGCUCAGGGGAGAGGUUUCCUGGUGUCCAACUAUUUGACAGAUAAUUUGGACAGUUUCGCGUACCUCCGUAAAGUGUCUUCAGAAGCUCAUUUAUAUAAUGGCUUCAAUCUCCUUACUGCUGACUUCAGGGCCAAUGAAGACACAUUGUGUUACUAUGGAAACAAGGGCAGUUCAGAGCCCAUUCAUCUCAAAGCAGCAGGAAUCUAUGGGUUGAGUAACUCUCUUCUGGAAACUCCGUGGAGAAAACUGCAUCACGGCAAACAUCUGUUCACCGGUGUAGUGAACAAAACACUGCCCCCUGAUGGCUUAGUGCACGAACUGCUCCAUAUCCUCAAUAAUGAGGAGCUAAACACCCCGGACCUCGCACAGGAGAGUCAAGGUGUAGGCUUCAGUAAGGCCAAACUCCAAGCCCUGUCUGCAGUUUGUGUGCGCUCACCAGGAUACGGCACAAGGACCAAUACAGUAAUCCUCAUCGACCGAGACGGAAACGUGAGCUUUACAGAGCGCACCAUGCUGAACUGUGACAUUACUCAGUGGAGCACAAAUAGCUUUCACUUCAAAUUGCAAGAAUGAGGGUCAGAGGCAAAGAGAAGAAGACUCUCACAUCGUGCCUUUAUCCAGCCACUAUCUGCUCAAGCCACGCAGCACCACUGUUUCUACUAAUAUGAACAUCAAGACUUAAUGCAGACUUUCCUGUUGAAAUUGGAAAGCGGCUAAUUAUUGCUACGGCUCUGUUCCGAGAGGAAGCUUGAUUGAAUUUUUUUUUUUUAUAUAUAUAUAUAUAUAACCAAUGGUUCGUGAGGAGGCCCAUAUGGAAUCUGUGGACCCAAACCCUAGAUUUCCUUCAAAUCCAUGCAGAAAUGUCUGCAGAUUCCAUCUGAAUCUACUCAUGAGGUGUGAUUUUUGAGUGCAUGUCAUUCAGUCUGCAUAUGAAGAAUGUAAAAUGUUAUUUUAUUCAGCUACUGAAUCUCAUUUUAUCACAAACUGUCAUUGGCAUGGAAUGUUGUUGGACAGAAUCGUUUUGGGAGCAAGAUGUCUACUGCCAAAGAAUAGUUGUGUCACUCACAAUCACUGAGAACACGAGAAAACAAAUGAAAAUAAAAGAAUUUACAUAAACUUGAGCAAUGUAAACUGCUAUUUAGUGUGGUAGUGAGCCAGUGUAAUGCCUUUCACCCAGAAACAUGAGAGCUACUGCCAAAAAAAAAAAAACAUUUGCGAAUACACCAAUUCAGUUGCGUUCACAUGCCCCUGAAUCUGAUAUGUACUUGCAGUAGAAAGUUGUUAAUUUACUCGAUUACACAAUGCAAUAAAAGUACAAAUUCACCAUA